AUGAUACCUAUAGAGAUACCGGCAUCUGAUAACACACAUUCUGAUUCCCAAGAAAAUACAGAAAACGGUAUAUCAACGUUAAACGCAACUGUAACGAAUUUACCACCACAUAGUGAUGCCGGAACGGCGCUUACAGCCAUUAACGAUCUGAAAUUUUUUUUAGCAACAGCACCUGUAAAUUGGCAAGAAAACCAAAUGAUAAGAAGAUAUUUUCUAAAUAAUGAACUUGGUUUCGUAUCAUGCAUAUGUUGGAAUAAAUUAUUUUACAUAACGGGGACAGAUAUCGUCAAAGUUUGUCAAUAUAUGAUGCAAAAUUUUGGUAGAGCAAUAAUCUAUAAGAAAAAAUUUGAAGAAGGUAUAUUUUCUGACCUCAGAAAUUUAAAAUGUGGGGUAGAUGCUAUAUUGGAACAACCUAAAUCUGAAUUUCUAUCUUUUUUGUUUAAAAAUAUGUGUUUAAAGACGCAAAAGAAACAGAAAGUAUUUUUUUGGUUUAGUGUUCCACAUGAGAAACUAUUUUCAGAUGCUUUAGAAAGAGAUUUGAAAAGAGAAACACUAAACCAACAAUGCUGUACAACUGCAAUUGGUCAACCUGCAGUAUCGUUUCGUUUUAAUUUCAGUUCGUCUCAGCCCUUGUUUAAACAAUUACAAAAAUUCUUCGAAGAUAUAGAAGAAUUACUAGCAUCAGGUAAAACGUUACCUAACCCUCCAGAAAACCAAACAAAUUUAAGAAACAAUAUUCAAAAUAAUACAACCCAACAACAUCCUAUAAAUCAACAAUAUACAAAUAAUGAUGUAUCUUACCAAGUACUCCAAUCAGAUGGAAUGCCUCAACAAAUUACAGAUGGUAAUAACUCAGAAAUUCCAGCCGAAAUAAAAGAAUCAAGUAAAGAUAUCGAUGAAAGUGAGGCAGAAGAAAGGGUUUUACCAUCUAACAAUAAUAAUAUCCAUUCCACUAUUACGAAUCAUAAUAAUAUCCAUAAUAAUGAGAUAAUUUACGAGAAUAAUACUACGAAUUCUCAAGAAAUGUACGAAACCUCAACUAACCCAGAUAUUAGAUCACAACAAAUAGUUGUGGAAAAUAAGGAUUUACUUCAGAAUGAAGCCGACGAACCAAGAGAUAAUUAUUCGAAUAAUGCUGGAAAUAGUUUGAUUCAAGACACAGGUGGUCUUAAGGAUGAAGAUUUCCCAUUGGAUUAUUUCCCAGUUUCCAUCGAAUAUCCACAACAGCAACCUGUACAACAACCUGUACAACAACAGGCACCUCAAAAUGAAUACCAAUUCCCACUAUCAAACAUGAUGUCUCCUAUUGCAGCCACUGCUGCUGCUCCUAUUCUAUCUCAUGCUGGCUUUGAGAGCUUCGGCAGCAAUAUGAAUACCAAUGGCGGUUCAAAUUUACAUGUAUCAAGUGGUGCAACUAUUAGUGAAGAAGAUUCUGUACCUAAUAAUCUUAACAUUAGAUAUCAAUUACAAGUUCCAUAUAAUUCUAAUACUUCUGCAAUACAGACCCCCGUUGUUAUGACUAAUCGUAAUUUCUAUGAAAGUAGCAAAAAGAAAGCACCGACAUCUCCUCGUCCAUCAUAUCAAACACAUCAACAUCAUACAUCUUUCUCAUCAUUUGGAAACUCUCAAAGAUUAGUGUCUGGUGACCUUUCAUCAGAUGAACCACAACAUGAUGCUGGUGAUAGAUCAGGAUAUGGAGAACCACUACUUAAACCUGUCGAUGAAGUUGCUAGUCCACAUGAUGAAAAUCGAUUAUCCAGUGAUGAAAAUGAAGGUGAUCAGGAUGAAAUUCAAUACGAAGUACAACAUCCAAAUCCACAAUUUACUUCAGUUCCUCAACGGACUUCGAUAUCACACGCAACACAACCAAUGCCUCCACCUCAAGGUGUCUAUGGUAAUCAAAUGUAUUCUGGAUUUUUCUUUCCAUUGCCUUACAAUUCAGCAUCACAAGAGUUUGUUAAUUACGAACAACAACAAAAUUAUUUCCCCGAAGAUUAUUUACCUUAUAAGGAUCAACAGGAUGGACAUCCACAAUAUGGCUCAAUCCAUGAUUUCCAAGCUCAACAAUAUGGUCAACCUGCAUAUCCUUACCAGACUUCACAAGUAUCUACAACUAAUACUUCAUGGAACGUCUUACCACCAGAAGCAUUACAACCUGCAACUAAUACAUCUGCCGUAUUACCAAAAUCUAGUCAAAGACACCAAUUUACACCAAACCGUAGCACUUCAGGUUCCAAUCUCAAUUCAAAUUCACAACCUAAUCGUGGACAAAAUGGUUCAUCAUCAUCUGGUUCGAGAGUACGUUCUACUGUUAAUACAAAAUUUCCAAUUAACAAUGGACCAUCUGUACCUGCAUCUACAUCGUCAUCUUCACUAUCUACAAGACAAAACCGGGGCCAUAAUAGCACUAACAACACUAACAAAACCGAUGGACAUUCAAGAAGUUUAAGCGGUAAUAAAAUUUCAAAACCUUUGCAUACGAAACCAAGUAAGUUUCAAAGUAAAUUAAAUAAUACUUUCGCUCCGAAAUUAAAUAUCGAGAGAGUUGAAGAUUUCGAUAAUGCAGAGAUUUAA